AUGUCGCGCACCUCGACAUCUAUUGAACUUGCGGAAUACCCGUCGACUCCUUUGGCUUUUACUGAGCCGCCUGGUGUUCAUGUUCAUGCAAAGGACAACGACUUACCAUCUCACCAUGAGAGUCUCCAGCCAACUGAUGUGCCGGACCAUACAAUACCAGUUGAACACAUACCAACCCCAGGAAAAGGAACAACAGCAAUCGUGUUAGUCACGGUAGUAUGUGUGACAAUGAUCAGUACAAUGCUAUCUGGAGUCGUUGCUAUUGCGUUACCGACUAUGGCGCGAGAGUUACCUUUAGCGCCCAACGUACUCUUGUGGCCAAUCUCAAUCUAUGCACUGACAUGUGGUUGUACUCUCCUUCUUCUCGGCUCCGUGGCCGAUGUUGUGGGUUCCAGGCCUAUGUACUUGAUCGGAUGUUUCCUCCAAUCUGGGUUCACACUGGCUUGCGGUCUGGCUCAGAAUGGCACACAGAUGAUUGUUUUCCGUGCUUUCGCUGGAGUUGCGAUCUCGUUCUGUCUUCCCUCGGCUGUCAGUAUCAUUACCAGCACAUUUCCUGAAGGUAGGAGCAGAAACAUCGCAUUCGCCUCGAUGGGUGGCGGGCAGCCUAUCGGGUUUUCCCUUGGGCUCGUCCUUGGGGGUGUGUUCACUGACACAAUAGGGUGGAGAUGGGGAUUCCACGUCAGUGCUGCCGUCAACACCAUCGUCUUUGUUGUUGCCUUCAUUGGAUUGCCUAAAUCUGAGAAGAAAAAAACUCAAAUCCUGUCUCGUCUCAAAAGUGAGAUCGACUGGGUCGGCAUCGCCAUGGGAAGUGCAUCUCUGGCUCUGCUGUCGUACUGUUUUGCUCUGAUCUCAGAAGAAACCGCGAAAAUCAAAGAAGCUCAAACCAUCGCUCUCCUAACCAUUGCCGUAGCACUCAUACCAUCCUUCGUCUUUUGGGUGGGGCGGCAAGAGAAGCUCGGAAGACCAGCCAUCAUUCCCAACUCUCUCUGGCGUAACCGAAUCUUCAGCGUGAUUUGCGUCGGCGUCUUCAUCACAUGGGGCGUCUUUAAUGCCUUGGAGUCUUAUCUCACGCUCUUCUUCCAGGACGUCCAGCAGAUAUCCGCAAUUCAGACCUCACUCCGCUUCCUGCCUACUCCCGUUGCUGGUGCCAUCACCAAUCUCAUCAUGGGCUUGGUGGUCCAUAGAGUCCACGCCAAUUGGGCCGUUAUCAUCGGUGCAUCGUUGAGUGCCGUGGGGGGUCUGCUAAUGUGCGUGAUGAAGCCAGAAUGGACAUACUGGUCCGCAGCAUUUUUUGCGUGUAUUCUCAACGCCAUUGGAGCUGAUGUUCUGUUUACGGUCUCGAAUCUCGUCAUCACGUCGGUGUUUCCGUCGCGAACGCAAGGGAUCGCGGGUGGUGUAUUCAACACAAUUGCUCAAAUUGGGAAAAGUGUGGGUUUGGCAACAAGUGCUGUCAUCGCCUCUAGUGUCACUGCGCGGUCGAGGUACCAUGACAAGGAGAGUCCAAUGGCACUUAUGGAUGGGUUUCGCGCUGCGUUUUGGUAUUUGUUUGCUCUGAGCUGUGCUACGGGUAUGUUGUUUUUGUGGGGACUCAGGGGAAUCGGGAAGGUCGGUGUGAAGAGGGAAUAAAUGUCGUUUUG